AUGCGGGGAAAGGAUCCCUCUGCACACGGGCACCCGCUCCCAUCGCACUGCUCUCGCCCACCCCCUGCACGCAGCGAGCCCCCUCCCCUCCGCCACACGCACACCCGCACACCCGCACACACACACACAUGCACGCACGCACCGAGCGCCCGGCGGGGAGGGAGACGCCGCUCCGGGGGAGCAAUCCCGGCGCAUCGCCACGGCCGGAGCCUCUCCCGCAGCCCGGAGGCGCCGUGCCGCCGGUACCUUUCCCGGGGAGCCGUCGCGCUGCGCACCCCCCGGAGCCCAGGCGGGGCGUGCGGGGCGGGAGGAGCCCCCCGGGGCGGCGGGAGCGGCGGGGCCGCUCCUGGAGCCGCGGGGCUGCCAUGGGCGGGCGAGGCAGCCACAAGUGCAGCCCGCGGCCGGGACGGGGCCAGCGCGGCCCCCGCGCCCGAGGAGCCGCAGGGCAGCGCGGCUGCGACAGCCGAACGGGGGAAGGAGAGAGAAGGCAAGAAAGGACUCCCCCCUCUCUUUUCUGGUGAUCUCCCCUCCCGGCUUGAAACAAAAGUAGAGGUGGAAACUGAGUGGGCAGGACGGUAA